AUGUGGCGGGUGGCGUGUCGCGAAGCGCGCAAGCAGGUCGCGUCGCUGACCCAUGGGCCUGCGUGUCGCGGCGCGCACGGCGCGCCCGCACCGGGCGGUCCUUAUCCGCUGCAUUCCCUCGCGCACGCCGCCCCGCCCACCGCCGCCACGCCGCAUCACGCGCGCCUCAUCCCGUCGCUCGUCGUCGCUCACGGCCCCGCAUCCCUCGCCACCAACGCGAAGCGCAUCGGCGCAUGGCGGCACGCGUCGCCCCUCGCGCUCACGCUCACCUCCCCCUCGCUCUCCGCUCUCCGCUCCGCCCUCACGCAUUCCUCCGCCAGCCUCUCUUCCGCCACCCUCUCCGCCGCCGCCUCUCUGCCCGCCGCCGCCCGCGCGAGCCUCGCCGUCCCCGCGGCAGGCGCGACGGCAGGGCGGGCGGCAGGCGUGAGCGUGUGGAAGCACUACGGGCGGUGCUACUACGAGCUCAGCAAGACGCGGCUCAGGUGGGUGGGUGCUUGCGCGGAGCAUUCCCUCUCUUCCCCCUUCUCCCUCUGCCCCUCACCCCCUGUCUUCCGGCCCCUGCACCCGUCACCCCCUCCUGUCUUCCGAACCCUUGCGCCUCUCACCCUAGCUGACUCCUGUCCCUUGUGCCCCGUACCCCCUGCCUCCUGCCUCUCGCUCCCCUGCGCGCCUCGCACCCCCCUGCGCGCCUCACACCCCCCCAGCCUGCUGGUGGUGGCGACAGCGGCAGCGGGGUUUGUGAUGGGCAGUGACGACCGCGUUGACUGGGCAGGACUUGGAUGGACCUCGCUUGGAACCUUCCUGGCAGCUGCCUCCGCCAACACGUGGAACCAGGUGUACGAGGUGGCGAAUGACGCACUAAUGAAGCGCACGCGGGGGAGGCCCCUCCCGGCAGGGCGCAUGACCCGGCAGCACGCCAUCGCAUGGGGGCUGCUCACCGGGGCCAGCGGCCUCGCCAUCCUCGCAACCCAGACCAACAGCAUGACGGCAGGCCUGGGAGCGGCCAACAUAGCACUGUACGCGGGGGUGUACACGCCUCUCAAGCAGCUGCACAUCGCCAACACGUGGGUGGGCGCUGUCGUCGGAGCCAUCCCGCCUCUCAUGGGUUGGGCGGCGGCGAGUGGGGGGUUAGACGCGGGGGCAGCAGUGCUGGCAGGGGCGCUGUACCUGUGGCAGAUGCCGCACUUCCUUGCUCUCGCCUGGCUGUGCCGCAAGGACUAUGCUGCUGGGGGGUGA